UCCGGGGUCAGUAAUCCUCUGAUCGUGGAAGGUGGAAGAUUUCGGAGUAAAUGAGUACAAAAUUUGUAUUCAUUACUUAUGUUUUAGUAAACAAUUAAGUAAAAUAAUAAAAAAUAAAAAACAAAGUUUAAUUAAACAAUAUUAUUACAUUUAAAAUAAUAUGACCAAAAGUAAUCGAGCAUGAAUUGCCAAAAUAAAUUCGGAUUUGAAAAAACUUCAAAUGUUUCUCAUAAGUAAUAACAAUAAUAAUUAUCGCCGUGAUUUAAGUGAAAUAAUUUAAUAAUGAGGAGCAAUAAAUAGUAAAUUAUUACUUGAUAAUAACGUAACUUAAGAAUUUAAAUAAAUAAAUAAUUAAUUAAAAUGACGUUGCAAUUGGAAUCAACGACACCUGAAAAAAUGCUUUCUCUCAUUAAAGAUCUUGCUGACUUGCCUUGCAGUAUUAUGCAGAAAAAUUUAAAUAAAUAUAUUGAAUCAAAAUCUGGAGCAAAUAUAUCAUUUCUUGCGCCUAUUUUGCCAGAAUCGGAGGAAAUGGUUAUUCAUGUUGUGGGUGGAAAAAUACUUGACAGAGGAUUAAGAAUUCCUAUAAACCAAUCAAACGCAAGCGAUCAUGUAUUACAUCGCGUUAUUAAAACACGAAAGUCAUUAAAAGUUAACUGUACAGAACUGGACCAAGAAUUAUUACUACAUUUAAACUCUGUCAGUGAACUGGUACCUGAUAAAUUACUCAGUAUUCCUAUUGAACAUCCUAGUGAGCAGUAUAUUGCGUUAGUUGUUACCCUGAUAAAUUAUCCUGAUGACGAGGCUGCUGAGGAUCUUUGUAUUAAAAUUGUCGAAGAAUGUUUUCGAUAUUGUUUGGGGUUACUAUUGAAUACUUUAAGAUGCCAAGAGGAGACGCGGCUAAAAGUUCAAUGUCAAGAUCUACUUACUGUUUCAAGGAAACUUUUUACUCAUUUGGGCGAUUUGCCGGAUUUGUUACGGGAAAUAAUGGUCGAGGCAAGAAAGUUGACAAAGGCUGAGAGAUGUUCAUUAUUUUUACUUGACCAUGAGCAUCAUGAACUUGUAGCCAAAGUUUUUGAUGGAAUUUCAACAACAGACGAAAUGCGAAUAGCUCUCGAUCAAGGGAUAGCCGGACAUGUAGCAACCUCAGGAAAAUUAAUAAAUAUAAGAAAUGCGUAUGAGCAUCCAUUAUUUUACAGCGGAAUCGAUGAAGUAACAGGAUUCAAAACAAGAAAUAUAUUAUGUUUUCCUAUACGUGACGAAAAUCAGAUAAUCGGGGUAGCUCAAUUGUGUAACAAAACAAAUGGACUUUAUUUCGACGUGUGUGAUGAAGAAGUUGCAACGGCUUUUAGUAUUUACUGUGGAAUAUCUAUAAUGCAUAGUAUAAUUUAUAAAAAAAUUCAAGACUCUCAGGCAAGGAGUAAAUUAAGCAACGAACUGAUGAUGUACCACAUGAAAGUCGAAGAAGAAGCCGUUCAAGCAUUACUCAACUGUCGAGAUGAUCACAGUCCCAAAGAUUUUGAUCAAUUCCACUUUAGGCCCCGUAAUAUUCCUCAUCAACAUACACCUUGUUACGUUUUAAAAAUGUUCGAUGAACUUGACCUUAUCACACUAUGGAGAAUAAAACGAAAAACAUUAGCGAGGUUUAUACUUUAUGUGAAGAAAGGAUACAGAGAUGCUCCGUAUCAUAAUUGGGUCCAUGCAUUUUCCGUCGCACACUUUGCCUAUCUGAUGAUUAAAAAUUUAAAUCUUGUCAAAAAUAAUUACAUGACACGAUUGCAGUCAUUAGUAUUUCUUGUAUCAGGUUUGUGCCAUGAUAUUGACCAUCGAGGGACCAACAAUUCAUUCCAAACCCAAUGUGGUACCGUAUUAGCGAGUCUUUACAGUUCAGAAGGUUCUGUAAUGGAGCGACAUCAUUUAGCGCAAUCAAUGUGCAUUCUCAAUACUGAAGGUUGUAAUAUUUUUGAAAAUCUUACAAGUGAUGAAUACAGCGAGGCUUUAGAUUUACUCAGAAAUAAUAUUCUUGCCACUGAUUUGGCUUCACAUUUUCGUUCAAUUGAUGAACAAGAUGAAAUGGUUAAAAAAGGAUUUGAUUAUAAAGAUCCUGUUCACCAAAAACUUUUGCAUGCCAUGUUCAUGACUUGCUGUGAUCUAAGUGAUCAAACUAAAGACUGGAGGACAUCCAAAAAAACCGCUGAGCAAAUAUACGACGAAUUUUUUUCUCAGGGAGAUUUAGAAAAAAGUAUGGGCACAGCACCAAUUGAAAUGAUGGAUCGUGAAAGAGCAUCGAUACCGGAUUUACAAGUACAAUUUAUAACAAAUCUCGUGUUGCCUUUAUUUGAAAAUUUAUCGACAUUAUUUACAACUGCCGACUGUCUUGUUGAAGCAAUAAAACGUAACCGGGAAAUUUGGCGCAUUGCCAUACCAAUAUUUCACAGAUACAGCGAAAUGGGAAUAAAAGGAAUGGAUAUUCUAUUGGAUCAAAAUAUUGAAAACGAAAUUCUGACUGCCUAUCGUACGCAAACGUUGCCGACGUAAAUUAAAUAUAUGAUAUAUGUAUAUAUAUCAACAUUAUAUAUUUUAAAUUAUAUUUUUUAUUAGCGUGAUAAAUUAAAGUGCUUGCUAUUUUUAGAUCUUUAGGAUACUUUGACAGUUAUUAUUUUUAUCAAGACUACACUGUGUUUAAUGAAAAUAUAAAUAAUAAUAAACACUUUAAAGUAUCGCUACUGUUGUGAUAGAAAAAUUUAACUGAUAGUUUAUAGUAAAUUAUAGUGCAAAAAUAUAAAUUUCAGAGCGCUGGCGCCUUUUACAUUUUAUAAAUUAUUAUUUAUUAACAAAAAUAGAAAUUACUCUAAUUAGUGUCGAUUCUAAAAUUAUUUUAUUUAAAUUUUUAAGUAUUCAUUUU